UGGGGGUGGGGGUGGGAGCCUUCCAAAUAAUUAAUCCUCUCCUUCAAACCAGGGCCCGAUCACGCCCUUCUUUGCCCUCCGAGCCUCGCCACCGGCAGCACAGACAAGAGCUACCUACGCCUCCACUCCCGGCCUUUUUGUUUUCGCUUUCGGAACCCACGAAGACGCCACUGCUGCAGAGACGGCCGACAUGGCGUCCGCCUUGAGAAGGGGCGCAGAUGUGAAGAGAGCAGAAGAGAGAGGGCGCCCGCUUCCAGGUGCCUGAGCUAAGAUGCUUCACAAUGCCUCCUUAGGCACAAACCAAGAUGUUUUCCUGAUAUUUAACCUUAUGACAAGCACCUGUUCUAGAAGUAUUUAAAGAUGCAGCAGUAACAUCAGCACUUAUCCACCAGUAAGGACCACCCAGUAGGAUGUGAUUUUAAACUAUGAUGGCACUUUUCAGGGGACCACUGCCUUUCUACAAACUUGUGCACAUCAGUGCUCUGAUUUCUACUCUGUGCAGUUUAUUCGAAACAAUCGGGUUACCACUCAACCUGAAAAUGAAGUCACAGGAUCUUGAGUACAUUUUAACAUGGGAAGCUGGAAAUAAUACAGGGACACCCACAUGCUUCAACGUGAUGUAUAUGGCUACAAGUUCGCCUUGUCCUGCAUGGCACACUGCAAGAGAAACACAAUCAAAGUCAGCAGAGAGAAGCCAGGUACAACAUAUUUCUUCCAGCAAGUCCAGGUUUCAGCGAAAUAAGGCUCCAGACCAUCUGGUUCCAGAAUCUGAGGAGGUGGCAAUGUGUCCAACUGCUGCAUGGUCCAAAAUAGACAAAGACCGAUCAAAUAUGAAGAUUGUCACAGAAUGUUCCAAUAUCACACGUUCAUUCUGUAACUUGACAAAAGAAUUUACAGAAUUGUGCAAGACAUAUAUAAUUGUAGUGGAGCUAGUCACGAAAAGUGAAGUAUAUUCUUCAAAUUAUCCAUUCCUUCCACACCAGGACACGUGCCUAGCAACACCUCAGUUUAAUAUUUCUGCUUGCCCAAAUUGUGCAAAUGUGACAGUGAAACUUUCACCCUCGUUACUUAAAGUAUACUACGAACUUGGUUAUACAGUCACAGUGGAAACAUCAGAUCUCAAGGAAAAGCGUGUUGACAACAAAACCAGACAAGAGAGUUUCCACACCAUCAUUGGAGAUUUGAGUCCAAAUACAAAUUAUUGUAUUGCUGUUGAUGUGAAAUCAAGUGUAAAUGAACAGUGCACUCCUUCGGUCCCAAAAUGUAUUAUCAUUGGCUCCAAAAAUAAAUCAGGUCAUAUUAUAUUCCCAGCUUUGGGUGGCAUAUUUCUGUCAUUGGCAGUAGGACUUGCUCUAUUUGGCCUAUAUAACACUGGCUUUAUUUGCGUAAGAUGGAAAAAGUGGCCCAAAGUCUUGAAUGUCACAUCUCAGUCAGCCUAUUUAGUCUUUGAAUCAGAUCCAGAGGAAGUGUGCACUGUCCAGGCCACCCAGGAAAGUAACAAAAAAGUAUGGAGAUACAAUUAUGAUGACAGUGAAAGUGACGUUGAUGAUGAUUUAUAUACUGGUCAUGUUUUUUUGAGCAAGAUUUCAAAAUCUUGUUCCCAAGAGGACAUUGUAGAGCCACUGUCCAAAGGCUGCUCAACGCUACAAGUACAAUAGCUGAACUUCUAGAUGCUAAAACAGAAACUCUUUCUAGGUUGCUCAUGUACUACAAGUGAGGUGACUGAACCUCUAGAUAUUGAGGCAGAAAACCUUCAG